UAAUCAUGUUGGCAGUUUGUGUCCUCACUUUCAUCGCGAUGUCGAUUACCGCAGUCCCGGCCACGACCCAGGCCACGACCCCGACCCCGACGACUACCCCACAGCCUCCUAAUGGAAUUCCCCAAUGUGCAAUCUUAGAGUGCCCCGUCUAUACUACAUUAGAAGAAUUUGGUUCAAAUAUGUGGAAGAGACGGCUCGAACCACCAGGAGUUUGGGCGCGUAAGGUCGCUCCAACCUGCAGCCUAUCUGCUGUAACAGGUCUAGCCUUUUUUGACCUCCAUAACUACUUUGUGGACAACGGGAUUAAUAAAACAACACCAAUCACUGUGAGAGUCUCGGAAAACACAGCCGCGCCAUCUUCGUGUCCCGAUCAAUCAGAAUCUUUCCCUUGCUGUGACAAAAGCUACGCACUUCUCUUCUACAUCCCUGCAGCUUCGCAAGCAACCGCCCCACCCCCAUCACAGGACUCUGGGAUUGAGCUAGAUUACUUGGAACACCCUCUGGAGUACUACGGCAUCACCUUUGGUGGGCGACCGUUCAAUCACAAUGCGACUGAGAAAUACGAACAGCUUUCUGAAUACCUUGACGAGCAGGGCUUUCUAUACGAUACAACCACUUACUUUGUUGAAGCUUAUGACAAACCAUGGGACCCUCAGCCUUAUCGAAAUGAAAUCCGUAUUUUUAUCUAGAAACCCAGAAGGAAUGAUAAUAAUGAAGGCACCGACAGCCCAAGAAAACCAAUGAGAUCGCAGUGGGCGUGGUGGUCGUCAAAGACGCAACGUCGACGACCUUCCCAUCACCGAUCUCAUUUCGUUUUGAGAUGGUCGGCAAACGACUCCAACCAAGAUUCUAAUGAUUUUAUGUCAUUUCAUUUCAUUUCUUUCGUCAUGCACAUAAUGAUAAGAUUAGCUAAAGGAUAAAACAUAAGAAAAACCGGAAAGCACUUUUUUGGGGUUACAUUUUCAAGGUGUAUAAUCAAAUAGUUUGCUAUCUUAAUUUAUUAUGAGAUAAAUACAGUGCUUUGCUGUUUAAGUAGUGUCGAAAUACAUCAUAUUUUUAACCAUUUCCAAGGCGUAUAAUCAUAAAGUAGUUUGCUAUCUUAAUUUAUUAUGAGAUAAAAUACUAUGCUUUGCUGUUUAAGUAGUGUUGAAAUACAUCAUAUUAUUAACCAUUUCCAAGGCGUAUAAUCACAAAGUAGUUUGCUAUCUUAAUUUAUUAUGAGAUAAAUACAGUGCUUUGCUUUUUAACAAUUGGUGAUUGGUUGUGAGAAAAAGAAAUAUAAUUAUUACAAUAAAAGUACCUAGCAGUCAGUGAUUGAGCUACUGUUAUUAAUAUUAGUACUGCACUGUUUGAGGUAUAGUGUUUACGUGUAAUAUACAAACAUGACUUGCUUGACUUGACGUAAUCCUAAUGUCGUUCUCUUUGAUAUAUUUUUUCUCGGAUUGGUAUUGGACUUUGUUUGGGCCUAUUGAUUAAUAAAUACUUCUACCCGUAAA